GGGCUGGAGCUGUGUGCAGGGCCAGCGCGGAGCCGGAGCAGCCGCGGUGAAGCUCCUGGGCACCGCUGAGACCGCUGUGCCCGCUCGUCGCCUCGGCCGCCGCCGCCUCAAGCCGUCGCCGCCGCCGGCUGAGCGGCUGCCUAUUGUCCUUCUCGGCGGCGAAGGUGCGGAGCUGCUCCGGCUGGGCCCGCGGGGGAGCCCCGGGCGCCGCACGCUCUCAAGAUAUUGAGCCAGACUAUCCCCUUCUUUGACCUGAGAACCCUAAUUCAUCUUACUGACAGAGGAGUGAUUAUUGGCUACCAAAAGUCACAGUGUCCUGGGUCAUGAAACUUAAUCCACAGCAAGCUCCAUUAUAUGGCGAUUGUGUAGUUACCGUGUUGCUGGCUGAAGAGGACAAAGUUGAGGAUGAUGUAGUUUUCUACUUGGUAUUUUCGGGUUCCACCCUCCAUCACUGCACAAGUACUCGGAAGGUCAGUGCUGAUACGCUGGAGACCAUUGCUCCUGGUCACGACUGCUGUGAGACCGUGAAGGUGCUACUCUGUGCUUCCAAGGAGGGCCUCCCCGUGUUCGUGGUGGCUGAAGAAGACUUCCAGUUCAUCCAGGACGAGGCAUACGAUGCAGCCCAGUUCCUGGCGACCAGUGCUGGGAAUCAGCAGGCUCUGAACUUCACCCGUUUUCUUGACCGGUCGGGACCCCCGGCUGGGGAUGUGAAUACCCUUGAUGAGAAGGUUGCCCUGGCAUUCAGACACCUGAAGCUGCCGGCAGAGUGGAAUGUGUUGGGAACAGAUCAGACUUUGCAUGAUGGCGGCCCCCGAGAGACAUUGAUGCAUUUUGCCGUGCGGCUGGGGCUGCUGAGGUUGACGUGGUUCCUGUUGCAGAAGCCAGGUGGCCGAGGGGCUCUCAGCAUCCACAACCAGGAAGGAGCAACACCUGUGAGCUUGGCCUUGGAGCGGGGUUAUCACAAGCUGCACCAGCUUCUAACCGAAGAGAAUGCUGGGGAACCAGACUCCUGGAGCAGUUUAUCCUAUGAAAUCCCGUAUGGAGACUGUUCUGUGCGACAUCAUCGAGAGUUGGACGUCUAUACUUUAACCUCUGAGUCCGAAUCACAUCAUGAAGCCCCAUCUCCUGGAGACCGUUGCACUGGACAUAUUUUUAAACUUAUGAACAUCCAACAGCAGCUAAUGAAAACAAACCUUAAGCAGAUGGACAAUCCUGUGCCCUUAAUGGUGGCGGCACAGGAUCCUUCAAGUCUGCCCAGUGCCCAAGACCCAGAUGGCCAGUUUCUUGGCUGCACAUCGGAUCCUGGGGACGGCCAGCCACGCUCGUCUCUUCCGGGAGACCCUGAGCACCCUCCAUGCGGCUAUGGGAGCACUGUGGGGGGGAUGGAAAGUUCCUCCAAUUUGUCAGGUGUGGCUGAGGAAGAGAAUACAGACUGUUCCUGUGAGAAGGGAACUAAAGGUGUGGGGAGAGCCGGGGAAGAGGCGGAGCCAUCACUGACUGCAGACUGUGGAACGGUGUCUGAUCCCAGCAGCUGCCUGGGGAGCACGCCUGCUUGUGGAGGAGAGGGCACAGGAGACUUUCCAUCCUGUGGAAUCAGAAAUGGAGAAACUGGAACAAAAUCUUCUGCAUGGUCCCCAGAGCAGGAGUCUCCAAGCCCUGGAGACAGUGUUCUGCAGGGAGACGUGGGCAUGCAGCUGGGCACCGCUCCCACUCCACAUUUCUUUGGAGGUGACCUGGCAGUCAGCGUCCCAGUGACUGCAGGGGAGACAGAACGUGGUCUCCUGAGCUCGGACGCCGCCAUCCAGAAGGAUGUGCUUGAGGUAAGGGAAGAUACAAAGGAAAAGUUUGAGAACUUGAGUGUCAGCACAGCUGGAGUCUCUGAUGUAAAAGUCACAAGACAGCCUGCAGAUAAAGCCGCUGUUCCAAGCUGUGUCUCUGCCCCCGGCUCCCUGGAUGGUAACAAACCUGCUGAGUCUUUGCUUGCGUCUAGCAAGGAAGAAGCCUGCCCUGUGAAAACUGCAGAAACAGAAGCUUCAGGAAGUUGUGAAGGGGGUGCUGGGGCUCCUGUGGAUCAGAGCUCCCUGGUAGCUCCAGCUGCUGCAGGAGACACGGCUUCCGGCAGGCUCAAUCCUUCUGCUCCCUGGGCAGAUACAAGUGAGGCAGCGCCACCCUCUGCUCUGACCUCUUCCGGGUCCCGAAAAGAUGCGCCAACCCAGAAACCAGAACCUGAUUCGUCUCCCAUUCAGAGCUGUUCUACAGCCGGAGGGGACACUGUGUGUGCCACCCCUGCCUGUGGGCAGAGCACAGGGACUUCUGGUGGCAUGCUGGCCGCGGGACACUGUGAUGGCCUAGGUACCCGGCCUGAGAGCAGCGGCUCGGGACUGCCCCCCACACAGCAUCCCCCCCUGGUCUUCUGCUGUGCAGGUCCACAGGCUCACACAGCCACCCCUGGCCCUCUAAGAUUAGACACCCAGGAACAGGUGGAAUUUUGUCUUCUUGAAGUUUCGGAUACAAAGGGCCAGGGAAAAGAUUUGAACCUAGGAACAGCUUUAACAAAUAUGCUUGAGGUGCCUCCACAGGCAGCUGUCCCCAAAGCCGAGAAAGAAGCGGUGCCGGACCAGGCAGUGACAUCAGACGAGACUUCUCUGGCAAGCAGUCCAGGCAGUGAAUCAGUAACCAAAGAUGACACACUUUCUCUUGUCCCCUCCCAGAAAGAAAAGGGAACAGCAACGCCCGAACUACACACAGCUGCAGAUAGUAGAGAUGGCCCAGGCAGAGAUUCGAGCGAUCCUGAUAAGCAACCAUUAGAAGACGGUGCCACAGGCCUAUCUGCGCCCUCUGCUGCUCUCCGUCUUCAGCCCAGCAUGGGGAAUACCAGUCCCAUGGGACUUGGUGGGGAACAUGGGGGUCCCUGCCUCUCAGCAGCCCCUGAAGUCCUGGAUAUUGAGGGGGGCGCUGACUCUUCUCUGCUGCGUGCGGGGAAGGCCACUGUGGCCUCUGAUUCCAUUCUGACUGAACAAGGAAAAAAUCGUGUGGUUCCAGAAUGCUCUGAAGCUCAGGGACAAGAUGGCAGGGAUAAAGAAGUGACUUGUUCCUCUGUUAAGGAAGAUACUCGUUCCUCAGGAACAUUUCAGGAAGAGCAGAGACCACCACCUCCUGGGCAGGAGGCACUGCGAUUCUGUGGAGAGCCUAGCUUAGCCGCCUGUGCUGAGGACCGAGCACUUGAGCGCCAUAAUUCACCGGGCACACCCUCGGCCUGUCUGAACGCAGAAACUAAGCAUAACAAGGAAGUGGCCCCACCAGUCUCGCUGCUGACUGAAGGUGGGGCUGCACAGAGCCUGGUGCCACUGGGAGCAAGUCUGGCUGCAGGCCCACGCCAGGAAGCCUUGGGUGCAGAGCAGAGCAGCUCAACUCCGUUGCCAGGUCUGUUACCAGAUGGGUCAGAGGCUCUUCCUGGCAAUCGAUCUUCUGCUCUGGAUGUUGGAGUGCAAAACCCUGAAUCCCAAGGUAAAAACACUGCUGGUGAGGUGAGCGGAAGUGUGGCGUUGGAUGUUGCCGUGGUUAGUGCUUUACAAGAUACUGUUGGGGCCAGAACAAAGGCUGUAUCACACAACGCCCAAGACCUCCCGAUUUCCAAAGUCUUGAGCCAGGAGAAGAUUAUGAUCCUGGGUUUGCCAGGAACUUCAGCAGACAAAGGAGUGACUGACCUACGGGGCACUGCAGCUCCAGAGAUGGUACCUCUCAGUUGGAAAGAAGCAGCCCACAGCUGUGGCGUGGCCGACUCCAGGGAGCAGCAGGUGGAUGCUGACACACAUCGAGUCCCACAGCAGCCUCUUGCCAGAGAGCUCCUCACUGAGACCGGACUCUCAAGCAAUGGUGACCAGGCCCCAGACAGGGCAAGGGGCGCUCCCCCUCUACCUUGUGCUGUGUCUCUGCCCGAGAGAGCAGACUCCAUCGAGGAGGCUGCGAGUCGCAUAGUGGAGGCCGUCCUAGACCAAGUCAAGUACUCAGGAGCACUGAUCACUGGUCUGGGGAUCGGUCACACGUCACUGUCCAAGCCUUCAGAGUCUGGCCCGGUGACUGGGCAGCCAGAGAGCGCUUCUGCAGGGAAAGGGAGCACUUUUCUGCCUGGGCGAACCCCACACAUGGGCAGUAUCUCUGAAGAAGCCCCUGGCAACCUUGCAAGGGGUUUGGCUGAAAAGGAGGAGCCAGAGAAGAUGGUUCUGCCCGCUGAAGGAUCUGAGCCAGCAACAGGUCAGUUCGAUUCGUACUUUGAUGCCACCACCUGUCACCAGGUGCAGACAGAGGGCCAGUCUCCAUGCUCACCCCCAGGCUGUGUGGAAAUGCCAGACUUGAAAGCUGCAGACGAAGUGGAUUUCCUGAGUAAUACCAGGGCGAGCUCGGCUUCUGCAGAGGUGGCCAUAGGAGUGGGAGACCCAGCCACCACACCUGACGUGAAGCAAGGCCUGGCGACCCGGGCGAUAAACCGAGAAAGCUGGUGUACAAUAAAGCCGUGCCCUGAUACAGCGUCUCUGUUGGCCCCCGCACAGAGCCCAGAAUGUGAGAACUUCCUGGAUGUUGGACUGGGCAGAGAAUGUGCCUCAAAACAAGGUGUCCUCAAAAGAGAAUCCGGCAGUGACUCUGACCUCUUUCACUCACCCAGCGAAGAAGUGGACAGCAUCAUCUUCCCCAAGCCCGAGGAAGAGCCGCUGGUCUGUGAUAUCACCGGAUCCAGUUCGUCCACCGAUGACACCGCUUCCUUGGACCGACAUUCUUCUCACGGCAGUGAUGUUUCCCUCCCCCAGAUUUCAAAUUUGAACAGGUCCAGAGAUCAGCAGUGUCUUGACGGCUUCUACAGCCAUGGUGUGGGAGCUGAGGGCCGAGAAAGCGAGGGUGAAGCUGCCGGCUCAGGUGAGAUGGAGGAGGAGGAGAUGGACAGCAUCACCGAGGUGCCCGCGAACUGCUCCGUGCUGAGGAGCUCCAUGCGCUCCCUGUCCCCUUUCCGGAGGCACAGUUGGGGUCCUGGGAAGAACGCGGCCAGUGAUGCCGAAAUGAACCAGCGCAGUUCAUUGCGAGUUCUUGGGGAUGUUGUCAGGAGACCUCCCAUUCAUAGGAGAAGUAUGAGCUGGUGUCCCUCUGGUGUACAAUACUCUGCUGCCCUGAGUGCUGACUUUAAUUACAGAAGUUUCAGCCUAGAAGGCUUGGCAGGAGGAGCUGGUGCCGGAAACGAGCCAUCUUCGUCUCUAGGUGUAGACUCUGUAAACACCAAAGAGCUCAGGCACCCUUUCAGUGGGGAAGAAAGGGGUGACUCUUUGGUGUCGCUUUCAGAGGAGGAUCUGGAAUCAGGCCAGAGAGAACACAGGAUGCUUGAUCAGCAGCCGUGUCACAGAUCUAAACAACAGGGAUUCAAUUACUGUACAUCAGCCAUUUCUUCUCCACUAACAAAAUCCAUCUCAUUAAUGACAAUCAGCCAUCCUGGGUUGGACCCCCAGCCGCGGAUGCAGCCAGCAAGGCGGGUCUCCUUCUCCGUCCGCAUCUCUCCACAUCUCCUUAAGUCUAAAACCCUUUUUUCUCUUGGCUCUUCUUACUCCAGUGAUGAGGAGGAGGAGUUGCAUAAUUCACGGCCGUUCCUCGGUACCAGUGCCAACCUGACCGAGAGCAUAACAGAAGAGACCUAUAGUUUCCUGCCACAGAGCCCCUCCAAGAAAGAUUUUGAAGGGAAGAGUGGAACGAAAGUCAGUCGUACAUUCAGCUACAUCAAGAAUAAAAUGUCCAGCAGUAAGAAGAGCAGAGAAAAGGAAAAAGAGAAAGAGAAAAUCAAAGAGAAGGAGAAAGAUUUGAAGGAGAAGGAGAAGGACAAGAAGAUCGUCAACGGGCACACUUUCAGUUCCAUCCCUGUUGUGGGUCCGAUCAGCUGUAGCCAGUGCGUGAAGCCCUUCACCAGCAAGGACGCCUACACGUGUGCAGGUUGCAGUGCUUUUGUCCACAAAGGCUGUAGAGAAAGUCUGGCCUCCUGUGCAAAGGUCAAAAUGAAGCAGCCCAGAGGGAGCCUUCAGGCACAGGACACAUCUUCGCUGCCCACAGUCAUCAUGAGGAGCAAGCCCUCACAGCCCAAGGAGCGUCCUCGAUCCGCAGUCCUCCUGGCGGAUGAAGCCACUGCCAUUCCCAUGUUUGCCAACAGACGGUCCCAGCAGAGUGUCUCACUCUCCAAAAGCGUCUCCAUACAGAACAUUGCUGGAGUUGGAAAUGACGAGAACAUAUCAAACACCUGGAAAUUCCUGUCUCAUUCAACAGACUCACUAAAUAAAAUCAGCAAGGUCAAUGAGUCAACAGAGUCACUAACUGACGAGGGAGUAGGUACAGACAUGAAUGAAGGACAGCUAAUGGGGGACUUCGAGAUGGAAUCCAAACAACUAGAAGCCGAGUCCUGGAGUCGCAUAGUGGACAGCAAGUUUCUGAAACAGCAAAAGAAAGAUGUGGUCAAACGGCAAGAAGUGAUUUAUGAGUUGAUGCAGACAGAGUUGCACCACAUCCGGACGCUGAAGAUCAUGAGCGACGUGUACAGCCGGGGGAUGAUGACGGAGCUGCUUUUUGAGCAGCAGACGGUGGAGAAGCUCUUCCCCUGUUUGGAUGAGCUGAUCAGUAUCCAUAGCCAGUUCUUUCAGAGGAUCCUGGAGCGGAAGAAGGAAUCUCUGGUGGAUAAAAGUGAAAAGAACUUUCUCAUCAAGAGGAUGGGAGAUGUGCUUGUAAAUCAGUUUUCAGGGGAGAAUGCAGAGCGCUUAAAGAAGACGUACGGCAAGUUUUGUGGGCAGCAUAACCAGUCUGUGAACUACUUUAAAGACAUUUAUACCAAGGACAAGCGGUUCCAGGCCUUUGUGAAGAAGAAGAUGAGCAGCGCUGUUGUGAGGAGGCUGGGAAUCCCAGAGUGCAUAUUGCUGGUGACCCAGCGGAUCACCAAAUACCCAGUUUUAUUCCAAAGAAUAUUGCAGUGUACCAAAGACAAUGACGUGGAGCAGGAAGAUCUGGCUCAGUCCCUGAGCCUGGUGAAGGAUGUGAUUGGAGCUGUGGACAGCAAAGUGGCAAGUUAUGAAAAGAAAGUGCGUCUCAAUGAGAUUUAUACAAAGACAGACAGCAAGUCGAUCAUGAGGAUGAAGAGCGGCCAGAUGUUUGCCAAGGAGGAUUUGAAGCGGAAGAAGCUUGUGCGGGACGGGGCUGUGUUUCUGAAGAAUGCAGCAGGAAGGUUGAAAGAGGUUCAGGCAGUUCUGCUUACUGACAUUUUAGUGUUCCUUCAAGAAAAAGACCAGAAAUACGUCUUCGCAUCACUGGACCAGAAAUCAACAGUGAUCUCGUUAAAGAAACUGAUUGUCAGGGAAGUAGCACAUGAGGAGAAAGGUUUAUUCUUAAUCAGUAUGGGGAUGAAGGACCCAGAGAUGGUGGAAGUGCAUGCUAGCUCCAAGGAGGAGCGGAACAGCUGGAUUCAGAUCGUUCAGGACACGAUCAACACCCUGAACAGAGAUGAAGAUGAAGGAAUUCCUAGCGAGAAUGAGGAAGAAAAGAGGAUGCUGGACACCAAAGCCCGAGAACUGAAAGAGCAACUUCAACAGAAGGACCAGCAGAUCCUCCUCUUACUGGAAGAGAAGGAGAUGAUUUUCCGAGACAUGGCUGAGUGCAGCACCCCCUUGCCGGAGGAUUGCUCCCCAACUCACAGCUCUAGAAUCCUCUUCCGCUCCAACACAGAAGAGGCUCUCAAAGGAGGACCUUUAAUGAAAAGUGCAAUAAAUGAGGUGGAGAUCCUUCAAGGUUUGGUGAGUGGAAGCCUGGGAGGCACGCUUGGGCAGGCUGUCAGUAGCCCUGUUGAGCAAGAAGGCAUGGUUGGUCCUGUUUCCUUGCCCCGGAGAGCAGAGACCUUUGGAGGAUUUGACAGCCAUCAGAUGAACGCUUCAAAAGGAGGUGAGAAGGAAGAGGGGGAGGAUGGCCAAGAUCUGAGGAGAACCGAAUCCGAUAGUGGUCUGAAAAAGGGUGGAAAUGCUAACGUGGUAUUUAUGCUUAAAAGAAACAGUGAGCAGGUUGUCCAGAGUGUCGUUCAUCUCCACGAACUCCUCAGCACGCUGCAGGGCGUGGUGCUGCAGCAGGACAGCUACAUCGAGGACCAGAAGCUGCUGCUGGCCGAGCGCGUCCUGGCGCGGAGCUCGUCGCGCCCCAGCUCCCUGGUGGAGCAGGAGAAGCAGCGCAGCCUGGAGAAGCAGCGCCAGGACCUGGCCAACCUGCAGAGGCAGCAGGCGCAGCACCAGGAGGAGAAGCGGCGGCGCGAGCGCGAGUGGGAGGCCCGCGAGAGGGCGCUGCAGGAGCGCGAGGCCCGGCUGGCGCAGCGCGAGCAGGACGUGCGGCGCGGCCGGCAGGACCUGGAGCGCGAGCGCGACGAGCUGCAGCACCGGAAGGGCGCCUACCAGUGCGACCUGGAGAGGCUGCGCGCCGCGCAGAAGCAGCUGGAGCGCGAGCAGGAGCAGCUGAGGCGCGACGCCGAGCGCCUCAGCCAGAGGCAGGCGGAGCACGACGCCUGUCAGGUGACACAUCAGCACGCCAGGCUGCUGAGGGUCCCAUCCUUCCUUCCGAAUCCUGAGGAGUCCCCCCCGCCAUCCGCACCUUCCGUCGCCAAAUCAGGAUCCCUGGACUCGGAACUCUCGGUGUCCCCAAAAAGGAACAGCCUCUCUCGGACACACAAAGAUAAGGGGCCUUUUCACAUACUGAGUCCCGCCGGCCAGACCAACAAAGUGCCAGAGGGUCAGAGCCAGACCCCCGUGCCCGCCUCCGCCUCCACCCGCCUGUUUGGGUUGGCUAAGCCAAAGGACAAGAAGGAGAAGAAGAAGAACAAAAAAGGCAGCCGCUCUCAGCCUGGUGAUGGCCCCCCGUCAGAAGUGCCCGCGGAGGGUGAAGAGAUCUUCUGCUGACCCUGCCCUCUGCCAUGACCACUGCCUCCUGUCCAGCCCCGCCUCUCCUGCUGUUCCUGGGUGUGGUCUCUUACCUUGGACACCCGAGCUGCCCCAGGUCCUGGACCAGAGGGACAAAUGGUCUCGAAUGUCAGGGUGGGGCAGGAGACCCGGGAUUGGCGGCUGCCGAGGGCUCCUGGCUCGGGGCGGCCCUACUGAGGAUGUUACACUGAAAGUAGGUGGCCCCAGAAGUCAGGCGAUGGUUUUGGACAUGUCAGGAAUCUCUAAAGGCUGAGAGAAGUUUCUAAAUAAGGUCUGAAAUUCUACCUGCCUUUUAUUUGAGGGACACAAGCAACAGUCAAACAGCAGAUAGUUUGGAUUUGGUCUGUGUACAUAGUUACCUGUCUGCAUAUACACGUGCGUGCCAGAAUUAGGCGCCGUCUGUAGCAGGGGCCUGGUCGGCUUGGCGCAGGAGGUGCCACUCGGCCCUGCUCCGGGAGCACGCGGGCGCUCGGCGCGUCCCCCCCUCCCUUGUCCUCCAAGGCGGUUUUCCUGUCACCCUAUCCCGUGCACACCUCCCCUCUUUCUGCAUGUAUUUCUCAUUUCAUUUUAGAAGGGCUGGCAAGCAUUUGUGAAAACCAGUGAGAGAAGGCAUGAUGUGUUCAAAAAACAUAUAUACACACACACACAAACGUGUGUGUGUAUAUACAUAUCUGUACCAUCUUGAUUUUGAUGUUCGUCAUUAAAAAAAAAAAAACACCUAAUUUUAACAUGAAAUCCAAAGAAAUCAUAGACUGCCUUUCCAAGAUGUUUGCCCACAUACUCUGGGCACAGAUGCAGUCUCCUCGUCCUUACUCCUGCAUUGUGCCACUUUCUGGUUGUCACUGACCCCCGGCCUCCUGGCACCAUCCCAGGGGAAGCCGCUGCUUCACAGCAAGGUUGUCCCCACCCCUGCACUAGGACAGGGCCCCCGGCCCCUCUGUCAGUUUUACACCGGGAAAGCCCGAGAGGGAGCUGGCCCAGGUGUGGCUGGGAAACUUGCUCAUUCGGUAUCAGGAGGCUAGGGCAGAAUUUGAUUUCUUAACCCAUUUUCCAAAUCUAAAGGUCUCUUGGUUAUUGUACCCCACCCCCUUGAAGGUGCCAGAUGUGGCCUGCUUUCUCUGCACUUUCCCGCACUCUUGGUGAUCUGUUUUGCUUGAGGCUCGUGAGCAGCUGCUGGGAGCAGGAUGGUUCGUGGAGUUCUCUGAGGCCCCCUCUCCUUGCUGGACUCACUACUCCCUGUGAGGGGAGACCCUGGAGAAGUCUGUGCUUUCGGUGUGCCCUUCAUUCCUGCUUCUCACCCAUCAGGAGCGUGGGUCUUUGAACAUACUUUUUAGAAAAACGAAAUCUGUAACUUGGUGCUUGUUGAUGAAUUGCAAGCUGGCCUUGCAGAUGGAGAUAUUUAUCUUUCAGUUUAUUUGAAAGAGGUCUGGUUUAAAAUUUUUAGCUUAGAUUUGUUUAUUUAUUUGUGUGUGUGUGUGUGUGUGUGUGUGUUUUAAGCCCUACGGUUUCAACUGUCUGAUCCUUGCAGAACGUGACCAGCCACAGCACUGCUCCCUCCUCAGUGUCUGUCAAAGUGCGUGAGGGCCCAAAGGAAAAUGAAAGGGGGAUCCAUUCCCUUCUUCCCCUCCCCCUACCUCCUUCUUCCAUCAAGGAAUGUCUUCCUUGUGUGAGAGUUGAGAAACUUGCCACCUGUGAGUUACGCUCACCUGUUUGUCACGGAGAUUUCUUAGCCUUCAGAAACACUUUAAGAACAAGACCAGCUAAGCUAAUCAUCUUUUGAACCUUGGUGUAAACCACCCCACCCCCCCCCCGCCCCGAACCCUAAACAGGGAAAAGCACGGUUACUUCCUCGCUCGGGCCACACAGCCACAUCUGCGCUGGUUUUCCUCAGAUGUGCGUGGGGCCCGGCUGUCUGUUCUUGUCACCAACUUGAGCUCCCCUCUGGGCUCGCCGUCCCACAAGACGUGGGCUGCUGGAGGGAAUGGCACCGGGGAAGGAAGCCCCCAUCCUCCUUCCUUGGUGUCGUCAUUAAAAAAACGUAGGCCAGGCCACCCUGUCCCUGGGUGCCUGCACCAGGAAGUGCGGGGUGCUGACGAGCUGGCCCUCUUCUCUCCAACAAAACACUGUGGACCCCGAGUUUCUGUCCAUGGCCGCCCAGCCUGAUGGCAAUUUGAAAGUGUCUCUUACUCCCAACUAGCUCUAAGGUUGAAGUUGCUUUGGUGGUGGUGUUUAAAUGGAGGCUGCACCGGCACCCACCCCCAGUCACUUAGCUUGGGCAGGUUCUGGUUGGACAAGUGUAGAAUCAGACUUGGAAAGUAGCCUCCUGCCUCCACCCCACUGCCCACCGUCAUCCAAAGUCGAGUCUGCAGUGCAGAGAGACAACUGCUUGGUAAGAGCCGCGCUUUGACAUGUCUUCCUUCCCCUCCCCCCACUCCCCCGGAAACUGAUCGCCGGGGACUUCUUUGUCAUGCUUGGAGAACUACCUGGGUUGUUGCUGCUUGUGCUUGUGACCUUGAGAACCGCUCUGGUUCCAGAGGCAGUUCCCUGUUGUGUCCUCCAGCAAGCUCAAGAAGGCAGAUGCCGGGCGUUGUGGUUAAGUUUUGGGGGGACAGAUAGAGACACCAGCCAGAGUCCCCAGAUUUCCAGAGUCUAGUGAAGUUCCUGGAAGGAGGCUCAAAAAUUCUCUCAAAAAUGCCAUCAUCUCAGAAGUUGUCAUCCCAGUUGGGUGACGUGCACUUUAAAUGCUCUCAUCUGUCGGCUUCAUUUUUGAGACAAUCAGCUAUGUGAACUGUUUUCUUCUUUGAAAACGGAGAGGGUUAAAAACAUGCAAAUUGCCAUAAUUCAGCCUUUGCCAACAUUCCAUUCUCUACCCCCACGAGAGCGAUCUGUGGGGAAAAAAUCCUUAUCAAGAUUUUUUUAUUUUUUUGAAAAGGUACGAAUCUUACCUUUCUCCCUCUUAUGUCUCAGGGUAGCACCACUAAAGUUGUCUCUUUGAGAAUAGUUCUCCCUUAUUCUAGUCCCGAGCCCCUAGUAGCAGUAAGCACAAAUUUUCAAGACCCUUGGGGUUUGUUGUCCCUUUCCUAGGAGGGGGGCAGGUAUGGGGGUGCAGGGUUUGAUAAAGUAAGCUCCGCCUUAAGUGAAGGGCAGAACCAUACCUUAGAGGCCAGGACUUGAUCCAGAAGUUGCUGUUCACAGAAGUACUGAUAUUUCAUUGCUUGGUCUCUCAGUGGCUUUUCCAUGGCCAGUUCUUUCUUCCCAAGGAUUUUGGUAUUUGUCCGGGAGGGCGUGGGGAGGUUGCAGUCCACUCCAGUGUUGACUGGUUGUGCCCAGGCCAGCCGAGCCCUGGGAGGAACGGAGACACUGUUCGGGUGAGUGGGCCUCGGUGGCUGUCCACAGGGUGGCUUGAGGGGACGCCAGACUCUGCCAGAGGGGAUCGACCCCCCGCCCCCCAGGCUUGGACGCCCUUGGACUGUGGAAGCCCGGAACCAGCCCUGUAGGUUAGACAGCAUGUGCGCCCUGCCCGCCCGCCUUCCGUCCAGACACAAGCAUGCCGGUGGUGCUGGGCCCCGCUCCCUGACACGCAGAGACAGAGGGAAGGGCAGAGAGUUUGUUGUGGUUUGUGUCUUCAUUUGUCUUCCAGUGUAGCCUGACAUUCCUAGUUACCCAGAGCUUUGGAAUCUGCUUGCUGGCCAGGUUUCGAAGUGAAAAGUAUUUUAAUGCUGCCAUAAAAGUAAAAGCAAAAAGGAAGGGAAAAACAAAGGCUUCUGUCCUUGUACCCCUCUAAUUUAAUUUGUCAAAAGAUCGACAGGCCUUGAAUUAACUCUCCAUCUCGCUAAGGUUGAAAGCCGGGCAAACCCAGCUGGCGAAUGCCCUCUGGCCCCAGACCACGAGCCCGGCCUGUGCUGGGGGCUCCUCGCUGCCUCGAAGCAGAGCGCGCUGCCUCUUCACCCCAGAUACUCACCCACCUUGAGCUCUCCUGCAGCCACCCGCCUGGGGCCCGCCCGGUCAGCUUGCCCACAGUCACGGUUCAGCCUGUGGUUUCUGUGUUCCUUGCCCGCUGGGGGCACGGGGAGACGCCCGGACCUGCAGGAGGGCGAUUACCGUACACCUUAUACCUCUGCUUUUGUGGUUUUCAAAUACUAGACGAACAUUUCUGUGCUAGAUUCUUUUAAAUAAAAAGGGGUUAAAACCCAGAUGCUGUAUAUUAAUUUGUAAUUAUGUAUAAAGUAAAGCAGUUUUAAACUGUAAAAAAAUUUUUUCAGUGUGUUUUCUGGGAUUUUGCCACAACAUACUGGCUUUGUAUUUUAUUUAUCUUCCUUUUUAGUUACUGGCUUCAGACUCUACUUGUAAAGUCCCCUCCACCCUUUCAAAAAAUAAAUGUCCUUUAAGUCUC